CUCCCAGGGCCCCAUGCGGGGAUCCUCAUUAAAUACCGCGGCGUUGUCGUGAAUCUUUGAAUACCGUCCCAGCUCCAGCGCCCAUAAACAUCCUGUGUCGCGUUAGGCGUAACAAUAGCAAGCCGCAAAGAUGAAGCAAUUCUCGCUACUCGCAGUUGGCCUUGGCCUAAUCCUUCCCAGUUCCUUCAUCUCAUGUCUUACCAUCGCCGCCUACGAAACCACCAUAGAGCAUACACCACUAAGGGUCGCCCUCGAGGAUUACUGGACUGGCCCGCAAUCCCAAUUCACCCAUGCUGGUGUUGUUGAUAUGGUUGGCAACAGUAGCAUUGACCUAGCUGGUAACGCGGAGACGCAAGCUCUGCGAAACUAUGCUACCAACAAGGACCUCCGCAUAAUCUACACCAUCGUCGAGGUAUUCUAUCGCAUAGUCGCCAAUAGGCAGAGCGUUAGCUCAGCUAAGGACUUGAGAGGGAAGAAAAUCGGCACUAUGCUGAAUACAUCGGCGCAGUACUUCAUCCAGCAGCUCCUAGCCAACGAGGGACUCUCUGAGACAGACUACACCAUUGUCGCCGGGGAUUUAUGCAACGCAGAGCCCUGCGGUAAUGGUACGCUGCCGUACAUGCUUGUCAAUGGCGAGAUUAGCGCUAUUGGCUACUGGGAACCAACCAUAGAGCUCGCCGCUCGGGAGCUCGGCGACGACGCCAUCAUCUUUGAAGAUCCAUCAGCAUACAGAGAAAUCUACAAUCUACACACCACAACCGAGAAACUUCAGGACCCAACUACUCGUGCGGAAAUCGUCGACUUCGUCCGCGCGCUACACCAGGCCCAGCACCUCUACACCACGGAUCCGGAGAGCGUAUUGCCGCGCAUCACGAACGCCACGGACGUGCCGGUAGAUAUUCUGGAGGCUGUGUGGCACGACCAUAACUGGAACACCACCCUUACGCCUAACAUGCUGAGCAUUCUCGUUAAGGAGGACCAGUGGCUUGCUGGGUUGAUGGGAAGAGAUCCGAUGACGGAAGAGGAGCUGGCGCCCCUUAUCGAUCCGAGCAUUUUGGAUGAGGCACUGGGACUUCAUAAUGGCACAGGCCCAUGUAUCCGUCAUUCCCGAUCAGCAAAGAGGCAGAGUUAAAAGGUGGUUGGUGUUUGAGGGACUAGGAGGAUCACGUUUGCAGAAAUAACGUAGUACUGGGUGGGAGUCCGGAAUAUAACUGCGGGAAAGUGGGUGUAGCACCUUUUCUUGGGAUCUAAUUCCCUCCAGCGGAAAUUAGCCCGGCAUUCUUACUAAGAAUACAAAGGUGUUAGUCGCAGAGAUGAGGGUCAGAACCUACCACUUUCGCUCAACCGGCUAGCAGAGGAAGACGUUAAUGGCGAGGGUGAUGAGUCAGGCGCAGAUGCAGUAGCCUAUUGUCACCCAUACCAUGAUUCCGAUCUUGCGCAAGAUGGGAAAAGAUAUAGGUAGAAAGACAAGAUUGCAGAUUUGUAGAGAUAGAAAGAAGAUGGUGUAGAAGGUGAGGUGCCUGAUCCAGCUCACCUACAAAACACGCCAGUCACCACAACGUUGAAUAGAAU